AUGAUUGUCAAGAACCUCAAGAAGUAUUUCACCUUUGAGGUCCAGAUCUUGGAUGACAAGAAUGUGCGAAGGCGUUUCCGUGCAAGCAACUACCAGUCGACGACCCGUGUGAAGCCAUUUAUCUGCACCAUUCCAAUGAGGAUGGAUGAAGGCUGGAAUCAAAUCCAGUUCAAUCUUGCUGAUUUCACCAAACGGGCAUACGGCACCAACUAUGUCGAAACUCUCCGGGUUCAGAUCCAUGCCAACUGUCGGAUCAGACGGGUUUACUUCUCGGAUCGUCUCUACUCCGAAGAUGAGCUCCCGGCUGAAUUCAAGCUCUAUCUCCCUGUCUCCACCAAGGCAAAAGUUUGA